AAUAUUCAUAUUCUCACGUCGUUUGACAGCUGUCAUGGCGUCGAAACCAAUAUGGAGGGCCCAGUUUUAUUGUGUGAUUCAACGAUUUGUCGAUUAUGCGGCGAGGAAAACGAAAACGGUACCGUUCUUUUCGAACAAGACGAGUCCAAGGAAAAUUUAAGUGAUCUCGUCAACAAAUAUUUACCUAUAAAGGUGGACAAAGAUGGAAAGUUUCCUUGCACUCUCUGCCCUGGCUGCACCAUUCAACUGGAAGCAACAAAGUCGUUUUUUGACUUGAUUAUAGAUGGUCAGAGGAAAUUGAGGGACUUGUUACAACUGCAACAGGAAACAUUGAAAAGACAAGAGAAGCAGAAGGUGCAACUGGAACAUGCCCUUAAAAUUGUUAACCCGAGCAGCUCAGUGCAAACCUACUCAUUGCAGUCCGAUGAGACUGGAGAGAAAAUAUUUAUACAGAUUCUAUCUGAGGGUCCUUUAUUCCCACCCGAGCAUGAAUUAUCACUGAGAACUGAAGGUUUGGAGAAACCCAAAAAGAAACGUGGCAGGCCACCAAAAUCUGCCAAUACAUUUGCUGAAGAAGAACCUUUCGAAAUUGUUGAAGAAGUAAAACAAGAUGACAAUGAAAUUGAUAUUGAUGGAAAAAGAAAAAGGAGAAUAAAAAAACCAUCAAGAUAUUCUGAGCUGUUACAAGGCAAAGAGUUAGAUAGGGUAUUUAAAGAAGUAGGUGUUUUUGACGAGGAUGAAGUAUUAAGUGAUAGCAAUUUGCAUUUAUUAGAGAAUGGUGCUGGAACUGGUGAAGUUAUUGGGCAUAUGGCAGAUGUAAAUGGUGAAAAUUUAGCUCAAUUAGUGAUAUCUAAAAAUGCUAACAAGACAAGGAAUAAGUGCAAAUUGGAAUCAGCAAAUAAACCAAAGGAAAAAUAUGAAUGUGAUAUAUGUGGCAGGGAGUUUCUGCAUCAAGGCAGAUUGGAGAUACACAAAUCUUUCCAUAAAAACAUUAAAUAUCAAUGUGGCACUGAAAAUUGUGCUAUAGAAUUUGAAACAAAAUCUGCGCUUGAGGGUCAUCAGCAAAUUAAUAAUCAUAGUGGUACAACUUUAAUUGAAUCAUUGGCAAAUUAUGGUCAGGUUGAAUUGCCGCAAAUUAGUGAAAAUUUGCCUGAAAUUUUAGAAGAAACUAAAACGAUUGAUUCACCUAAGCCGGAAGUGAAAUACAAUUGCGUUCCUUGCGCUAAAACGUUCUCUUGCAAACAGAAUUAUGAGAUCCAUAUGAACGCAGUACAUGAGAAUCAAAAGCCGUACGAGUGCGAUAAAUGCGAUAAAAAGUUUCCGUAUUUGAAUAGUUUGAAAUGCCAUAUGCUUCAACAUACUAAUAAAAGUUAUCCCUGCGAUACUUGCGAGAAAGUAUUCAACCAUCCGAGUAGCCUUGUGUACCAUAAAGAGGCGGAACACAAUAACGGCAGGAAAUUUAUCUGCAACAAAUGUAAAAAGUGUUUUAAGCAUAAACAAUUACUUUUGCGUCAUCAAUUGGUGCACACGAAUGAAAGGCCUCACGUAUGUAAACACUGCGAAGCCAGCUUCAAAACGCGUGCCAAUUUAUUGAACCACAUGCCAACGCAUACGGGGGAGAAGAAAUAUUAUUGUACGCAAUGCGGUCAAUCGUUUGCUCACAAAACUUCCUUAACUUUGCACACGAGAUGGCAUAAUGGACAGAAACCGUAUCAGUGCGAUGUCUGUAUGAAAACAUUUUCGCAAAAAGGAAAUUUGGCUGAACAUAAGAGGAUACACACAGGAGAAAAGCCUUACGCUUGCAGUUUCUGUGGAAGGAAGUUUACCACUUCGUCCCAAUAUAAAUUGCACGUGAAGAGGCAUACGGGCGAAAGGCCCUGGAGGUGCGAGUAUUGUUCAAAAACUUUCUUACAUAAGGAUACUUGGAAAUGUCAUACGCGUAGGCAUAGGAACGAGAGGCCCUAUCAGUGUCAACAGUGUUUACGAGGAUUCACUGAACAUUGGGCUUUGAAGAAACAUCAACGACUUCACACGGGUGAAAAACCAUACUUGUGUGACAUAUGUUUAAAAUCAUUCGCUGAUGCUUCUAAUCUAACAAAGCAUAAAAAGAUUCAUUGGAACAAGAACAAGGAUAAAGAACAAACAGUUGAAGCGCCUGUGGCAACUAAUACUGAACAAGGAACAAAUCAAAUAUUGUAUUUGGCUUACCAAGAUGGUAACUCCAAUGAACAGCCUCAAACGAUGGUACAUAUUGUUGAUAAUGAAGCUCCAGAUAAAAUGCCGAACAACAUUUUCGAAGAAGACGAUUUAAUUCCCCAGGAGAAUGCGAACGAAAUGUCUAUAGACGUACAAUUACAACAGUUAAUUGAUACAGAAGGAAAUGCUAUUAAUUUAACAACCUCAGAUGGACAACAAAUAAAAGUUGUUACCACGAUUGGAGCUGAAGAGCCGUGCAUCCAAGGAUUAUUACCGGAUGGUACCUUGGUACCAAUUAAUUUAACUAUGCAAGAUGGAAAACCCAUUUCAGCGGAAAUGCCAUUGAAAAAUAAGACCGACAGUCUUUUAACCGAUGAUUUGCUGCAAGAGAAUAUACAGCUUUUGGAAGAUGAUAAUCAGAAACUCCAAGAGGAUAAAAUACAAUUUUUAACAGAAGAUGGCCAAAACGUUUGUUUUAUAACUACUUAUAUCGAUAGCAAUCAAUUGAAUAAUCAAUAUAUUGGCAUGCCUUAA